AAUUUAAAAAAAGUUGUGAAAUAUGCAAAAAUUUUAAUUAUUGUUACCAAUUGUUAAAAGUGAAACUCAUUAAAUAACAGUAAAUUAUAAAACUACAUACAUACAAAAAUACAUAUUAUAUAAAUCAACAUAUCAAGUGAAUAAUAGAAACUAACGUCAAUGAAUAUUAAAUACAUAAAGUGAAAUGUAAAAUUCUACAUAUGCAUGUACAUACACGUAUAUGUAUGUAUUUAAGUAUGUGGAAAAUAUGAAUAUCAUUAAUAUGCCAAAUUAGAAACAUUCAAUGAAAAGCCGCAAUACCAGCAACUGACAUCGUUGGAAAUUUCACCAAAUAAUUAAUUAAUUCGUUAGCUGCAGGUCGAUAAAUGCAUGCAGCCACGGGAUUUAUGUAAUUGUGCAAAGAAGCUUUACUGGCGAUGAUGUUUGGUGACGGGGCAGCAACUACAGCUCGUUAAUCCUGCUGGGAUCAUGAUUAAUGAUUGCGCAUGGAUUUGUCUGCUUUGAUGAUGCGAACAACUGUUGCGGUUUCCUCUGCAAUCAAUUGUAAUAAAAAUGCUGAAAAUGCGGCUUAACGGAUGAAAAACUCUUCACUUGUGAUUAUAAAAUUUUACAAUCAACCACAAAACUUUGGCUGCUUCUGCGCGUGAAAAAAAAAUGUAUUUUUUUCUUGUUGGCAGCAAAUUUCAUUUGAAAAGUUUCAAUUUACUGUGCCAUACAAAUUUUGCAGAAAAAAAGAAAAUAAUGAAAGAAUAAAAGAGAAAUGUUGAAUGCAUUCAAAUGCAAAUGUGAGCAAAAUACACGCCAACAACAACAAUGUCACGAAAUGACAACGAGUCAAGCUGCGGGUGAAAAUUACUUUUGAAAGAAAAUAACAGUGAGAACAGCAAAGGUUGAGUAUAAAUAUAGGAAAUAGAGAGCUAAGUAAGGGCAGAAAAAAGGAAAAGCGAAUAAGGAGAGAGAGAAAUAGAAUAAGUAACCUGCGCAACAACAACAGCAACCACUAUAACAAUUGACGAGCAGUUAGUCAGCACCCAAGUGAACGAGCGUCGUAAAGUAUGCAACAGAAAGUAUAAAAAGGGCGGCAAUAGUGGAUUUUAUAUGCAAAAAGGAAUAAAAAGUGAAAGAAAUAGAAAAUUAAAUGCGAAAAACGCUGCUGGCCAACUAUAAUAACGGUUACUGCCUGAACAUAAGUGAGCAACAGUUAAUGCAACAUGUGUGCUGGUGUUAGUGCGAUUUGCACUUAACUAGCAAAACCAAAAAAAAAAAAAUUAUUCAGCAAAAAGCGCGGCGGCCGAUAUUAGAAAAUAACAACAAAAAUAUAAUAGUAGAUUGUGUGUCAUCUCUUUUUAUAACGCAAAACUAACGGUAAAAUGUAGUGGUGCAGUAAUGAAAACUUGUUGCGGGAAUUGGAAAUAAGUUUUUUUACUCAAAUUUUGGUUAAAAAAUUACAAAAAAAAAAAUUAAUAAAAAAUUAAAAAAAUAUUAUUUUACCCGCCAAAAUUUAUCAGUAUUAAAUAAAGUUACCACUCGUGUUAUUGUUGCAUUUGGGAAAAAACUUUCUAUACAUUAAGCCAACCAACGAUAAUUAUUAUUUCAUUAAAAAUCUAGUUUUAAAGCAAUAAAUUCGUAAUUAAAAAUUUGUGCAUUCAUGUGCAACACCAAUAAAGGGGAGAGAAAGAGAGAGAUCGAAUGUAGAAGUGAGGCGUAGCCCCACAAAAGAAAAAAAUCACUUAAAAGUUAUAAUAAAUUGACUGCAGACCAACUUCGUACAGUUUUGGUUGCUGAAGUGUUAAUAACUCGGCGUUUGUCAGCACGCGUUGGCGGUUAAACGAAGUUCGAAAUAAUUGCGUUUAAUUUUUUUAAUUACGUGAGAGCGGAGAAGCCUUCAAAAUGCUACCCACAAAUGUUAUGACAUUUAUGAAAAAGAUGGUCGCCACAGAUGAGACGCCAUCCACACAGAAUCAACCCGACACAGGCGGUACUUUUGGCAAGUUGAAACAGACACUGUCAUCGUCUUUGCUGACAGCUCAGGAUAGAGUUAAUAAAAUGUCGCCACGACCCUCAUUGGCGCCAACCGAAGACGGUGCGUAUAGUGGAGCGUAUCAACAGCAGACACAGGACGCUUAUGCAGCGAAUAACAAUAACAAUAAUACAACAACUGGUGGCAGCACAGCAAAUGCGGCGAAUUCAUCGAAAAAUGAACCAGGACGACGGGAGGGAGCGUGUCGUGUGUGUUUGAAAUCCUUCAAACCCGACGAUUAUCACAAAACCUGCUUCGAGUGUCAACAACGCGUGUGUGAGGAUUGCGCCAGCUACAGUAAGCUGGAGGAGAACGAGGAUGCGAAUAUGUGGCGCUGCAGUGUGUGCCGACGAAAGAUGGCCUCCCGUGUGUGCAUUCCGCAAGACUCUACAGACUCCAUGUUGGACGUGCCCGUGCUGGAAGCCUUGCAGCGACGUCACUCCGAUGCUAAGCUCGGCUCAACACAGACACUGGCCCCCGCCAAUGGUACCGCCUUGGCACCGCCACGCAGUCCCGAAUGUCGUCGACAUUCCGAUGUCUCUCCCGCCUCUCUUAAAGAACUCGAAAAGUUGAAGGGCAAUAAAACACCGGGCGGUGAUUUGGACUUUCGUAAGGGUGGACGCAGCAUGGCGCCGAGUCGUUCAUCGAGCCCGCCACGACAAUCGGAGUUGGAUGCUCAGCUCCCUUUCGGGGCGCCCCUAUCACGGAUGGCAUCGAGACGUGGCUCGCGUGUGGCGCGGCAACAUAGCUAUGAUGAUGAGAUGAAUAGUUCGGCAAUGGGAGCGGCUGGUGGGGCUGGAGCUUUGGGAGCGGCAGCUGGCGCUUUGGGCAUGGCAGGCGGUGAUCCGGGACUAGGCAUACCGGCAAUGCCAAGAAGGAAAUCCGCAUAUGACGUCUUUGCACCAAAUCUACUACAGAGUGCUACACCUGCCGCGACUCAAUUGCAACGAUCACCGGGUGACGGUAUGUCGCCACAGAUUGCGCUACCCGGCUCGAGGAGACCCUCCUUUCGUGUGCCACAUCCCUCGGAAGAUUUGCAAAAUGACGAAUCUCCAAGUCCGGAUAAGGGCAGUCCUGUACUAACGGUGGAUGAUGAUAGACGCAUACGAAGACGUGGAUCACAGCUACCCGAUUUAGCGGCGUUACAGCAGCGCGGUGCAUUACCCACCAAUCUGCCAGCCACCAUACCACCACCACUUGCCGCUUUUACUGGUCCCAAUUUGGAGGAUUUGGAGGCACCGCGACGUCAAACAUCGAUGGAUGGUGAAGCCAUCAAAAUUGUCAUACACGAUGUGGACUCGGGUCCGAUUUGCUCAUCAAAACGAAGAAUUGUCUUGCGUAGAGAUCCAACAGAUAAGGCGCAUCGCACACGUGGUUUCGGCAUGCGUGUCGUUGGCGGUAAAACCGGUGCGGAUGGACGACUCUUCGCGUAUAUUGUAUGGACGGUGCCAGGCGGACCGGCGGAAAAGAAUGGACUACAACAAGGCGAUAAGAUACUCGAGUGGAAUUCCAUGUCACUGAUUGAUCGCAGUUUCGAAGAAGUCUGCUCAAUUAUGGAUCGCACUGGAGACAUUGUCGAGCUACUCGUUGAGCAUGCAACUGACUUUCGUAUGUGCGAUCUAUUCGAUGAGAAUCUACCACCAGGCAAUAGUGGCAAUCAAAGUGGUCCGCGACGUUCAGGUGACGGUCCUGUGGGACUAGGCUUGAUUGCGGACCCCGAAACAACAGCAGACAAAUCACCAGCUUCGCCAACCAGACGGAAAUUACCCAAAACUCCGGUAUAAAAUCCUCAACAGAACUUAGCUAAAGAACUCAAGUUAAUUCUAGAUUUAUUUUAUGUGCAAAAUUCUUCUACGACUUGGCUAUUCACUUAAAAUUCUUUGCCUAAACGGCGAAGAAAAGAAAGAAAAAAACAAAAAUAAUAAAAAAAGAAAGUGAAAGCCAACAAAUCUUUUCUUUGUGUGCGUAUUUAUAUAACUAUUUAUGUCUAUACAAAUAAUAUUUUAGUGUUGAAAACAAUAAUUUAUGUUCAGUAUUAUAGAAAUAUGCAAAAAAGAAACACGAGAGUGGCUCAAGCCAAUCACAAGGUAUUUGGUAGAAAAUCACAAAGUCAGACGAAGCCGUAGACGUAGAUAAACAGAUAUUACACUGUAUUAAUACAUUAUAAUGAUAUUUAGCUGAAAUGUGAUAAUUUAGUUGCUUUGUUGCUUUUUUACAUUUAAAUUCAC